ACACACCCUCAUACACAUCUGGUAGGAAGUUUAACCACUUCAUUUCUUAAAUUCUUUGCUCUUCUGCUCAGUCUAAUUCCCCACACAAACACUCAGCCGUACUUUUCAUUUUUUCCCCCCCCUUCUUUCACAAGCUGGAAUCAUGAGGCCCCGAUCCUUUUUUUCCACUCCCACAUACUCAGCCAGUGAUUCAGGUCUGCCUGAGAAUGACAUCAUGACCAUUGGGUGAUAUAAAGAGAUCCAGGAGAUAGUGUGUGUCAGUAUUCAAGAGAUAAAGAGACAGCAGCAAAGAAAGAGAGGACCUUCAGAUAAACUCCACAGGUAGUUGAAAAGCUCAAAACAACACCUGGAUUAAGAGAUCACUAAUUCACAAGUGUAACAGUGCAUCAUAUACACCAACAAGGUAAGAGGGAAAUAGAUCGAUGAUACAUUCUAGAUCUCAACAUACAGAAUGUUACGUGAUACCGUUUAAUAUUGUAAACAUAAUCCAGUUUGAGUUAUUUAGUCUCCCAUUUAUGAAGGAAAUUACUAAAGCGUGGCGUUAAUUAGAAAGGUUAUUUACUAAUGUGAGAAUUCCACGGGAACUCAAUGUGAAUUUUAAAUUAAAGGUAAGUGUAAAUUAACUAAAAGCAUAGAUAACUUAGAGAUUUUCCAGUUUGGCUUUUUUUUUUUACCUAAAAUUUGAAAUUCAAUAAAUUCACUUUGAAUUCUCACUUUAAUGAAUAACCCUGCAAAAUUAUAUUACAAUAAAAGACUUGCAUGCGUAAUAACAUUCCCAGGGUGGUAUUAAACGGCAUGUGAAUGUAUUGAUGACAGGGCAGGUGGGGGAAGUCUCCCGUAGAAUAUAUUUUAAGAAUAUUUUUGUAUUUUUUUCUGUUAUGCUGCAGAUGUAGCAAGGGUAAAUGUAUGUAUUUUCUUAGUCUUUUUUUCAUGAUACAAGCGAAGACAGGAAAGACAGUUCAGAAAAUGAACAUUGCAUAGUUGGGAGCUGUACCACUUAGGUAAUCUUGAGAUAUUUCAAAAUAUUAACCGUCAACUGUCCGUUGUCAAUAUUCUAUGUAGUAAGUCUCUGUGGUUCUAGGGCCAGCCCUCAUGGUAAACCCAAUUUAUUUCAAUUUAAAUACAUACUAUAUAUAUAUAUAUAUAUAUAUAUAUAUAUAUAUAUAUAUAUAUACAUAUAUAUAUAUAUAUAUAUAUAUAUAUAUAUAUAUAUAUACAUAGCGGAAUCACCUGUCUUGAAACAGGUUUUGAUCUAAGCAAACAUUUUUCUGGAAGCUUAACUUAAAAUCAAAAUUAUAUAUAUAUAUAUAUACAAAUUUUAGGUGAGGUAGAUAGAAGAAAAUGGAAAGGGAUUCUAUAUUUAUACAAUGUUUGUUUGAUUGUACUGAUAAAUUCUUUCAUUUUUUUGUUCUUUUCUUUCUAUUUUUUUUUCUAUUCAUAUCAUCUUCCUCUUGCACCAAUCAAUUCUUUAUGUCUCUCUUGUCCAUCGUUCUUCUGUAUCGGUCCCUAUAGAUGUCUACUUUAUCUCCUUCCCUUCAGUUCCUUCUGCAUCUUUGUCUGACUAUUAUAGGAGUCUUGGCUUUUCCCACUGAGAGUGAUGGUAGGAACCAGACUGCAGACAAUUCUACUGGACUUUGGGAUACUAAAACAAGCUCUUUUGCCACCAUUAUCCCAACAGAGCAGCCCAGUCAACCUUCAGUUCGCCAGCUUCCUGAAAUAACACGGAGCCGCAAAACAACACCAGAUAAGAUUCUGUAUGUUACUGGUGGAAUUGGAGAGGAUUAUGAUUAUUAUGAGGAUGAAGAUGACAGUGUAGAAGAGGCGACUUUAGCACCUCCUCAUGUCUCUGUCAUACCCUGUCCUUAUAACCGAUGCAAACACCUGGAGUUACCAUGCGAAGAAAUACAGAUGAGGGCAGGGGGUAAUUGCCUUUGUCCUGGAUUAAGUGGACGCUCAAUUAAGCCUGACUCUCCCCGUCUGCUGCAAGUCAUUCCUGGAGAUCAAGGAGCUAGUGUGAACUGGUGUUCUCCACUGUCCACAGUGCAAGGCUACAGGGUGGUGUACAGAACUAGUGAUGGCCCUAUGGAGAUAGGGCCAAUUCUCAAUUCCACCUAUCGUUUCUAUUCCAUUAACAAUCUCUUGCCUGAUAUGUCCUACAGAGUGUGUGUGGUGGCAUUUAACGAAGCUGGUGAAAGUGCAGUAGGAGAAAGCGAAGAAGAGGAACAAGAAAGAUUGAAGUAUGGCACAAUGGGUCCUUGCAUGGUAUUCCACACCUCUGGCAAAUGGGAAUCAAAGAUUUAUCUAGGGAUAGGGGUUGGUUUAGCUCUGCUGGCUGGCGUUUUAGGUUUGAUUGUAUGUGUGUUUUGGUUGUGGAAGAAAAAGAGAGUAAGGAAAUUGACUGAUUCAGGUGAAAGAGGAAUCACAAACAUGUCAUUUAAAGCAGAUAGUGUAGAACAGUUAUGAUAGAAGUGCUAAAGAACAGUUGAUGCAUCCAGAGUGUUCGAUGUAUGUACAUAUGUAAAGUGAUGUUUACUAUCUAAUGUCUGAAUCAAAAAGUGUUUUAUCUUAAUUUAUUUAUGUAUUUAUUUAAAUAAAAUAUAUAUAUUUUUCUAAA